UGUUUGCACUCCCAAAUUCACCUUUCAUGUUUUAAAUUCUGCUCUGAUGCAUAAACCCUAGCCUUCUCUCUAUUUCAUCCGAUUAAAUCACAAUCUGAAAAAUACUUCAUACUCAUACAUCGUGCACGCAUAUACAAUAACAAUCGACGGAGAUGCCGAUAUUUCUAUCGGACGAAGAGUUCUCGCGGUGUUCGCACGACGGAGCUCUCGUGGCGGAGAAGGCGGACUCGUAUAUUAGGGAUUUGUUUAAUCAAUUAGAAACCGUUAAGGCUCAGGCUGAUGCGGCAUCUAUUACGGCGGAACAGACUUGUUCUAUGCUUGAACAGAAGUAUGUUUCACUCUCCGGUGAGUUUAGUGCGCUCCAGUCUCAGAACGAGCAGCUCAACGCUUCUCUCGAUCAGCGCCUUGCAGAGAUUGCGCAGCUUCAGGCUGAGAAGCGCCAGACUUAUAUGCAAUCGAUUGAGAAGGAUGGAGAGAUCGAGAGGCUGAAUACUGAAGCGUCGGAGUUUCAUAAAUCGAAGAGACAGUUGCUGGAAUUGUUGGAACAGAAGGAUAUUGAGAUUAGUGAGAAAAAUGUCACGAUGAAGAGCUACCUUGAUAAGAUUGUAAAUUUGACUGAAAAUGCUGCCACAAGGGAAGCCAAAAUGUGUGAAGCUGAAGCAGAGGUGGCACGCUCUGCUGCUCAUUGCUCACGUCUUUUACAGGAGAAAGAGCUUAUAGAAAGACAUAAUGUCUGGCUUAAUGAUGAGCUGACCGCAAAAAUUAAUAGUUUUAACGAGCUCCGUCGAGCACAUAAUGAGUUGGAGGCUGAUAUGUCUUCCAAGCUUGCAGAUGCUGAAAAACAGUACAAUCAAAGUCUAAGCACUUUGGAGCGCAAGCAAGACAGGGUUAAAGACCUGGAGUCACAGCUGAAAUCUUUGCAAGAGGAUUUGUGUUCUACAAAGGAAGAGGCAGCAUCUGCUGAAAAGGGAUUUCAGGCGGAAGUAUCUACGUUAACCAAGCUUGUUGAUUUAUAUAAAGAAAGCGUAGAUGAAUGGUCUAAAAAGGCUGGAGAGCUCGAGGCUGUGAUCAAGGCUUUGGAGAUACAUUCUAGUCAAGUUGAAAAUGAUUAUAAAGAAAAGCUUGACAAUGAAGUUUCGGCUAAGAAAGAGUUGGAGAAGGAAGUUGCAUCUUUGAAGGAGAAGCUUAACAAGUGUGAAGUGCAGCUGGAAAGUGCUAGGAGUGCAAGUGAGAUGAAUCUUAUAAUAUCUGGAGCUGAAAACCAAAAAAUUUGGGUUGGCAGAGAAGAAACAAGUGGCAGAGCUGAGGAUAAUCUUAUGCUGGUGCCCUCUAUUCCUGCAGGAGUUUCAGGAACUGCAUUAGCAGCUUCGCUUCUUCGAGAUGGAUGGAGUCUAGCUAAAAUGUAUGCAAAAUAUCAAGAAGCUGUUGAUGCGUUACGGCAUGAGGAACUGGGUAGGAAGGAAGCACAGGCGAUAAUGGAGCGGGUCCUUUAUGAGAUUGAAGAGAAAGCUGGUCUAAUCCUAGAUGAGCGGGCGGAACAUGAGAGAUUGAUGGAGGCUUACUCUGCAGUUAACCAAAAAUUGCAGCAUUCCCAAUCAGAACAAAAUAAUUUAGAGAAGACAAUCUUGGAUUUGAAGGCUGAUCUGAAGAGGCGUGAGCGCGAUUUUGUCGUUUCACAGAAGGAAGUUUCCGACCUUCAGAAACAGGUGGCGGUUCUCCUAAAAGAAUGUCGUGACAUACAGCUUCGAUGUGGGUCUGUCAACCAUGACAUUGAUGGUGAUGCCAUCAAUGCUUCUUUUAAUCAGCUAAUAGCCGAAUCUGAUGCUCAAAGGGUUAUAUCUGAACGUCUGGUGACUUUUAAGGAUAUGAAUGGCUUGGUUGAACAGAAUACCCAGCUGCGAAGCCUUGUUCGUAGGCUUUCAGACCAGAUUGAGAAUCGAGAAGCAGAGCUAAAGGAAAACUUUCAGGAGGAACUUCAAAAACGUUCAGCUGAAGCUGCCUCUAGAGUUGAUGCAGUAUUAGCUAGAGCUGAAGAGCAACAGCUGAUGAUAGAGUCUCUUCAUGGUUCGGUUGCUUUGUAUAAGAAGUUAUAUGAGGAUGAACAGAAGCAUCACUCUUCAUCUCCUAGCUCACCAGAAGCUCUUCCUGUCUCAGAAAGUCGAAGGAAUGGUGUCAGGCUUCUACAGGAAAGCUCACAGGAAGCUGUGAGAAAAGUUCAUGAGCAGGCAUCUGCACGGGUGAGGAGUCUUGAAGAAGACUUGGCAAAACUGAGGAGUGAGCUUGUAACACUAAGAAUGGAGAGGGACAAAAUGGGUUUAGAAGCAAAAUUUGCACAGGAAAAACUUCAUGGAUCUAUGAAAGAGUUUCAGCACCAGAGAGCUGAUAUGGAUAACCUUAUUUCAAGAAAUAUUGAGUUCCAACGACUGUUAGUCGACUAUCAACAGAAAGUGCGUGAAAGUUCAGAUUCUAUACAGGCUUCUGAAGAACUGUCAAGAAAGUUGUCUAUGGAGGUAUCUGUCUUGAAACAAGAAAAGGAAACUUUGUUAAACUCUGAAAAGAGAGCUUCAGAUGAAGUUCGUAGUUUGUCAGAAAGGAUUCAGCGAUUACAGGUUACUCUGGAAACUAUUCAAAGUGCGGAAGAAGUUCGUGAGGAAGCCAGAGCCAGUGAGAGGAGAAAGCAAGAGGAGUAUAUUAAAAGAAUCGAGAGAGAAUGGGCUGAGGCAAAGAAAGAUCUCCAGCAAGAGCGUGAUAAUGCUCGCACUCUAAGACUUGAAAGAGAAGGUUCUUUAAGCAGUGCCAUGAAACAAGUGGAAGACAUGGGCAAAGAAUUGGCCAAUGCCUUGCAUGCUGUAGCUACAGCUGAGUCUAAGGCUGCUGUUGCCGAGGCCCGACUUUCUGAUCUGGAGAAGAGGAUCAAAAGUUCAGAAAUUAAGGUCACUGCAACUGAUGGACACUUCCGAGAUUCAUCUGAUGAGCAGGCUGUUGCCGACUUGCAGUCUGCAAGAGAGGAGAUUGUCAAGCUGAAAGAAGAAGUGCAGUCUAGCAGAGACCAUAUGUUACAGUAUAAAGGAAUAGCACAGGUGAAUGAAUCUGCUCUUAAACAGAUGGAAGCUGCUCAUGAGAACUUUAAAGUAGAGGCGGAUAAACUAAAGAAAGCUCUCGAGUCAGAGAUCUUAUCGCUCCAGGAAAGGGUUUAUGAACUUGAGGCUGAGUGUAAUACAAAGAGAAAUGAAGCCGCAUCUGCAGCUGCAAGGCAAGAAGAAGUUUAUACUUCUUCAAUGUCUGAAGUUGCCCUGCUAAAGGAAGAAAAUUCAUCAAAAAUGUCUCAAAUUACGAUUUUAGAGGCACAGCUAUUGGCUAUGAAGGAUAGUCUGGAGGAGCAGCAGCAGAAGUGGCGUACGUCUCAGAACAAUUAUGAAAGACAGGUUAUACUGCAAUCAGAGACUAUACAAGAGUUAACAAAAACAUCUCAAGCUCUGGCUUCACUACAAAAGGAAGCAUCAGACCUCCGCAAUGUCGCAAACUUGCUUAAGGCUGAAAAUAGCGACUUGAAAGUAAAGUGGGAGACAGAGAAGCUGAUCUUUGAGAACUCGAAGAGUGAAGCGGAGAAGAAAUAUAAUGAACUUAACGAACAGAAUGUGAUCCUUCAUAGUAGACUUGAGGCCUUGCAUAUUAAGUUCUCAGAGAGGGAACGUGGUUUGGCUGGAAACUCGUCCAGUAAUGUUGACCAAGAUUUUUCUGGCGAUGCUGGGUUGCAAAAUGUGGUGAAAUAUCUGCGACGAUCAAAGGAAAUUGCAGAGACAGAGAUAUCUCUGCUAAAACAGGAGAAGUUUCGGCUGCAAUCACAGCUUGAAAGUGCUAUCAAGUCAGCAGAGAUGUCCCAGGCGACACUACGAGCUGAGCGAGCAAAUUCACGAGCAUUGUUAUACACUGAUGAAGAGUUCAAGUCACUUCAACUUCAGGUCAGAGAAAUGAACCUUCUUCGUGAAAGUAAUGCUCAACUUAGGGAGGAGAACAAGCUUAACUUUGAUGAAUGCCAGAAGCUACGUGAAACUAUUCAAAAAGCAAGGACUGAAGUUGAGAAUUUAGAGAAAAUACUUGCAGUGAGAGAAGAUGAUGUGGCAGCUUUAAAAAAAGACAAGGAUAUACUAAAGAUGGAGAAGGAGCAUCUCGAGAGGAGGGUUGAUGAGCUGCUUGAGAGAUGUCACAAUAUCAGUGUAGAGGAAUAUGAUCGCAUGAGAGAAGAUGUUCAGCAGAUGCAGCUAAAUUUGAAAGAGAAGGAUUCUCAGUUACAAGAAAUCAAGAGAUCCAUGUCCGAUAAGGAAGAACGGAUAUCCCACUUGGAGCAAGAAUUGGAAAGAAGCAGAGCAGAAAUAGGUGAAAGGGAGAGGCGAGUUGCUGAACUCCUAAAAGUUGAGGCUUCUUUGAAAUCUGAUGCUGAGAAGUACAGGAAAAUGUUGAUCCCGUUCAAGAGGAAGUCCGAGAGCUUAUCCAAGGAAAAGGAGAGCUUAUCCAAGGAAAAGGAUGAAUUGACCAAAGAGAAUCAAGCUUUGUCCAAACAGCUAGAGGACUCGAAGCAAGCUUAUGUGAUAGGGAAGAGAGCUACAGCUGAUGCUCCUGGUGAACAGACCAUGAGAGAGAAGGAAAAAGAGAAGGACACCAGGAUCCAGAUGCUUGAGAAAAUGGUGGAUAAGAUGAGAGAGACUGCAAAGAAGCAGUCGGAUGAGUAUAAGCUGGAAAAAAGCCAGCGCAUAAAAACCCAAAACACGAUUAAAGAUCUUUACGGUCCUAUCAAUCAGGAAAAGAAAAAGCUGGAAGAAGAGUUGACAAAACAUAAGCAUGCUUUGAAAAUUGUUGCUGAUGAAGUUCAGUCACUGAAGCAAGGUGGUAGUCAGUCAGAGGGGACAUCUGCUGUUCAGGUGUUUUCUGGAAACAUAUUGGAUGAGAUGGCUACUGCUUAUUUACAAUCAGUUGAGAACUUUGAGCAGGUUGCUCAGCCAAUUAUUAGCGAAGUUGAACAUCCUGCUCCUGCUGAUUCAUCUGUAGCUGCAGACACCUUGGGUUCAGGAUCUUCAUCAGGACAGCAGGUCCCUCUACCAGCUUCAGGUAUAACAUCUCAAGUACCUCCUUUGUCAGGCAUCCCUCUAGCAAAGACUGUGGAAGAAAGAGAGAGGAGGGUUAAUCUUACGAAACAAUUUGCAGCGGAGACUCGCAAAGCCGGGAGGAAGUUGGUCCGACCUCGAAUUGUGAAACCUGAAGAACCGCCUGCUGAUAUUGAGAUGUCUGAAGUAGAGGAACCGAACAAUGGAGGGAAACCUCUCUCUUCUCAAAAUAUUGAAAAUCAGGGUAAUCCUACUUUGUCAUCCCAACCUGCUACUCGGAAACGCUUAUCUACUUCGGAUUUGCAAGAAGAGGCAGUUGUUGCACAUAACAGUAACACAGAGCUACCUCUACAAAAGAGGUCUAAAGGUUCAGAUUUCUCCACUGAGGGCAUCGAAUCACAGUCUUCUCUGAAUGUUGAAAUUCCUAAAGUGCCAUCUAUUGAAGCUUCUGUUGAUGCCACUGCUUUACCCCAUGGUUCGAAAGAGGAAGCUAGUGCUGGUGGGAAGGACGAAAGUGAGCUCGUUGCCGAGCAGGCUGAGCUCUCUAAACCUGAUGGUCAGAAUGAAGUCGAAUUGCAGAAUGAGAUUACUAUGGGCGAAGAGGUUUCGGCAGGACCCAGUGACAUGGCUGGACAAGAUAAUCUGUUUACGGAGGUUGAGGAGGAACAACUAGCAGAAUCUGGAAGUGAUCGGGAAGAGGGUGAACUGGGUGCUGAUGCUGGGGAACUUGAAGGUGAUGGAAGCCCAGAAACAGAAGGACAAGAUGAGGAGGUGGAAGCUCCAGUAGAUUCACCUGAUGAAACGGUUGUUCCCACUAAUGACGACACUGAAGCAAUAAGUUCUCAAGUUGGUGAAGAUAUCAAGAAUGAAGAAGGUGAGAUAAUGGAAGAGGCUGUUGAAUCAUUAGAUAGAUCAGUUGGGGUUACUGAUCUGGUAACUGCGGAAGUUGAACAAAUUCCUACGACUCUAGAGACAGGUGGAAAAACAUCUAGUACUGUCAUAACUGGUGUCACAGACCAUGGCAGCAUUGCUGCACCGGCACAUGAUGAAGGUAAUCAGGCAUCGCCGUCUCGUAAUAGGUCACCUUCGGUCGAGCAGGUGUCCCCUGCUAACAGGAGCUCAACUACUAUUCAUUUAUCUACAAGAGCAAGGGAAAUGUCUGCGUUAAGGCAGCGUCCACAACCUGGUGGGGGUUCUACAUCGGUAGCUAGAGGGCGAGGAAGAGUACAGAGAGGACGUGUUUCUCGUAGUUUCCGUGGUCGUGGACCAUCAGGCCAACAAGGCUAAUAUGAGCUGCUUCAGUAAAUGACCACAUGAAUUUUGUUUUAGCCGACAGUCCUUUCUCAGUAGACCGGGAAUAUUGUGGCUUUCCUUUUGGAACAAAUCGUCAUUCACAAACAAGAAACUGGAAAAUAUAUAUGGUUGUUGAAGUCGCAGGUUUUUGUUGUGCAAAGUAGCUAGAAAUAUAUUCCGUGGCUAUUAAAUGAUGUCAACCCUUCAUUAUGUUCAGAAACGUACAUAGUAUCAAAAAAUUAAAACAGUAAUUUAUUAAAUCAGUUGUUCCGACC